GCUCAAACUGGAUGUGGGCUAGUUGCGCCAGUUCUUUUCUCAGAUUACACAAAAGAAAUAAUUGCAAAUCACAUGAUGCCAAGCAGACAGGGCAACAAGAGCAAAACGCCGAUGUGACUGAGUGGUGAGACCAAAACUAAGCUUCAACGUUCAUUAGUGAAGGCAGUAACGUAAACAUUGAUUAGGAGGUAUAAAUUUUCUACAUUACUACAACAAGAAGCAGAUCAAGAAUCGCCACGUAGAACUAUCAGGACAAAAAAAUGUCGGCAUUCGAGACUUGCUUCGGUAUUAAGGGAGAGGGGUUCGCCAUCGUCGUGGCGGACGCCCAGAUGCAGGCGCAUCAGAUCAUUGCGAUCAAGUCCGAUGAAGAUAAGUUAAGGGCUACCACUUUGCAUUCUUCACCUUCGUCACCUUCACUACUUGACUCAUUUUGAUCCAGUAGGAAAGAAUAAGAAGUCGAGUAUAUUUUUGACUUAGAAUGAAAAUGAUGGGCAACCUCUAAACAAAAUUAUGGAAGUGGAGAAAAAGCUUUUCGCCUGCAACGGACCGUCUGCAGACCGCACGACCUUCAUGGACUACAUCUCCAAGAACAUCACCUUGUACUUAUGACAUGGUAGUUACUCAUGAUGAUAUUCCUAAAUCUAGUUCUAUUUCUCCUUAGUACUCUUGAAAAAAUCAAAAUCCUUCAUCUUCGAAGUAUCCCCCCCUCUUAUCUCAAUUCCCAGAACCUCCAUCAAAUCUACCUCGAUAUUAUCAUCUCUCUGCUUUCAUAACUGAAGUUGCGAAAUGGUGUAGGAUUGUCAACGAAAGCCGCAGCGUCCUUUACUCGUAACGAACUUGCUCAGGCGUUGCGGAGUCGAGGACCGUAUCAGUGUGAUCUGAUCAUCGCCGGAUACGACGAGGAGAAUGGAUUAUGGGCAAGAGAUUGAGACUAAUGAGUUAGAGGAGGUAGUAUCUUCACACCUUGUCCUAGGCACGUACUACAGGCACAACUAGAGGAGAGGUCCUUCUUCUUCUUCUUCUUCUUCUAUCCAGAAUCUCUUCAGGUACUACUUUUUCUAUAUCUUUUUCUAUUCUUCAGAGUACUUCUUCUAUUUUUUCCUUCUUUACCCUUUCUCUAACCUACGAUGCUGAGCUGUAUUUCAUGGAUUCCUAUGCGAGUUGCGCGAAGGUGAACAAAGCAGCCCACAGCUACGCAGGCAACUUUGUCCAUGGUAUUUUGGACAAGGAAUGGAAGACUGGGCUUACUUAUGGCUGGAAGAAAGAAUGUUUCGAUCUCAUCGUAGUUUUCGAACUCAACUUUUUCUUAUCGUAGUUUGAUUAAGUGGACUUCAUCUCCUCUAAUGCCUUGAAAAGGAGGCAUUGAAAGAGUGCAUCACCGAGAUUAUCGUAGUUUGAUUGACAUUGAUUAGCCUUCAUGUGUAAAAAAUUUUGCGAAUUAAGCACAAAAAGUACGACCUCCCUGAGUCAUGUCUAUUUAGUCAUGUCUAUUUUUUCAAUUUUCAAAAUCCAAAUCGAUCCGACUAUGCAUAGAAAAUUCCUCCAUUCUUAGAAUCUAAUAUACCGAAAAGGAGGCAUUGAACGUGGUGAAGAAGUGCAUUACCGAGAUUAAGGUUCGUUUCGCUUUGGGCCGAAUGGACGCCUUCACGAUCAAGGUGGUGGACAAAAACGGAGUCCGAAACAUCUCACAGAGCGACUUGUUUCUGGGUUAGAUCAAUCUUAGAGACUUAGAUCAAUCUUAGAGACUGGACAGAAGAUGAAGAAGGAGGACUUCGAGGACUGGACUAGACAAAAAAACGACUCCUAUCCAUUCAAUAGGCUCUAUAAUCUUGUGAUGUCCUGUGACUUGUGCUGCCCUGUGAGAUGAACUGCCACACACCUCCCAAAGAGCUCAACAAAGUAGAUUUUUUUUUACUACGGCACAUCCCAUCACGUAUUUACAGGACUUUCUUACCCCAAGGAAGCCAGUUUUUCAACGUUUUUUCAUUCCUCUCGCUUUCAUGGUAUAGAUAUCGACAGCUUCUUGUUCAAUCACAAACGUCCGCUCUUACAAACAGCAUUUGUAACAAAACACGAUACGAAGAUGCUGUGGUUGGACUCAUGAUUUUUACCCUCUGAGCAGGCCUUCGAGUGGAACAACAAACCAACCUGCGACCCUUUUCACUGCUCUCAAAUUUCAGUUUGUGAAGGACCACGACCCACCUCAAGAACCUCGUGUGAUUAAUCACAAAAUGUUACAACUGUGUUGACCCUUAUAUGUUAUUGAUUUCUGCACCACUGUUCUACGG